AUGAGCACCGUCAACCUGUCACUGCAACGGCGGCAGUCAAAGCUGCCUCUGGGUUUGCAACCGCAUCACCUCACUUUUGCUCUGUAUCUCUGCUCGAUCGUCGUGCUUGGUACCACUUACAGCGUCAUCUACGGCACCCAUCUCCAAAAUGUUCGCAUCUCCUCUGGCAUCUCUGGUUCAUCCGACUCGCAAUUCCCGUCCACGCUUCCUGGAGCAGCCGUAGCACCCGUCCCGCAGCAAAACAAUGUAGAGGGCAACACCAAUCUGGGUCCGAUCCCUGCUACGAUUCUGCUUCCCCCUCAUCAUGCACUCAACUACUGGGCCAAUCGCAAGAACAUUGUCAAUCAGCUCUUCGUAAAAAAGGCGUGUAUCUGGACGACACUUGCUUGGUCGCUCCAGCUGUUUCUGCUCAGACUAGCCCCCGCCUCAACAGCAACCACGACAUCGGCGGCGGCACCUUCUCGAGCAUCCGCAAACGUAGCAAGCCGUGUCGAUCACAAGAAAGACGAAGAUGCUACGGUUGAACCAGCGACCCAAGCCACCAUCACUAGCCCCGUCUCUAUCUCGGUGCUGCGAUACAUGAUUGCAACUGCGGUAUGGCUGCUGUUUGCCAACUGGUUCUUUGGUCCUCCUCUAUCGGAGCGCAUCUUGACCGCAACAGGCGCCGUAUGUGUACCCAGCAGCGACCCGCAGCAGUCUCCCGUGGAAAGUCUCUACUGCCGCACGCGCACUCCGCUCUCGAGCUCCACCCAUCCAGCUUUAUUCUCAUCGAAAUCAGCCGCAUCUCUGCAAGCGUCCAAAAGCAUCCGUGCCAUAUGGAAGGGAGGACACGACAUCUCUGGUCACACGUUUAUUAUGGUCCUCUCGUCUCUGCUGCUGCUCGAGGAUGUCGCCCCAUACCUUGCAGUGCUUCUCGGUCGUUCGGCGUUCGCCAAGCUUCUCUUUCCGAGCGGAGCUCCUUUGAACGCUGCCAAGACGAGGUGGUCCACAUCGGCGUAUGCGGCCGUAGCAGCAUCGGUAGGCCUGGUGGGCCUGUGGAGUUGGAUGUUGCUCAACACGGCGAUCUACUUUCACACACCGCAAGAGAAGAUUUCGGGCUUGCUGGUCGGGCUGCUUGCCUGGUUGGUUUUGCCAAAGGGCAACUAG